UAAUCAAAAUGUUUACUGCAAAUGAAGUAGCUUAACACAAUUGUUUUUUACUUGGUAUAUUUUCUGCUGAACAAUCACGCUUUAAAGUGCAAAAAUGGCAGAUUUUUUAAGGUGCCCCAGUUGCAAUAUGACAUUUAAAUCAACUUUGUUACUUGAAAAGCACAGAGAAAAGUUUUGUAUUGGAGGAGACAUUGGAAAAGUAAGAGAAACACAGACCCCAGAGGAAAUGGUUAACAGGCUGAGACAUAGGAGAAAAAAUGAUGAACAAAAGGAGCAACCUAAACUAACAGAAAUAAACAAUGAAAUAUUAAUGGAUUGCAUGUCAGAUACAGGAGACAGCAAGAAAGCUGUAGGAAAGAUGAGCGAAAACCAUAAAGGAGACUACAGGUUACAUGAUCAUGAAACACAACUACGUUUUCUAGCAGAGGCUCAUAGCAAACAAAUUGAAGAAAUUAUGUCUCAAAACAGGCUUUUGGAAAAGCAGAGAGAUGAUAUUGUUCAAAGAUUGAAUGAAAUAGCUGCUCAGAGUAAAAAUAAUGUCUAUCUUGAGAAAAUGAUAAAACAUCUGAAUACCCAGGAACAAAAGAAUGAACAACUUUUAGCAUCCAUGAAGCAGAAGAUAGACAUGCUGCAAUUAGACUCAAUGAAAAGGAGAGGUUAUACAAGACAAAGUGAGCUCUCUGCAAAACACAAGACAGAAAAAACUCAACCAUCCUUUCAGCAAUCUUAUAUCCCCUUUUAUGGUGGUGGAGGCUUAUUGGCUGAAAUAAGUGCCUUACGUCUGAAUUACCUGCAGAAUGGAGGAAAUGACCAGGUGAUUUUGGCACACUUACAGGAUCUGUUAGCAGAGGCACAUCAGAUAGAACAGCGAGGAAAACGUAUGCAACCUGUGCAUAAGAAGCAAAAAAAAACACAUGAGCCUAACAAAUGGCAUUUGAAUGAGAAGCUAAUUACACUUGAAAUUGAAAACCAGCAACUAGAGGACCAACUCUUUAAACUUCAACUUCAAAGGCAGAAGACCGUAAGGUUUCCCAAGACAUCAAAUGGAGAAAAUGGUUUUCAAUUGCCAAGAUUCAUGAAAGGGCAGGCGAACCAGAAAAUAAAUACCUUAAAUGCAGAACUGGAACUUUUAAAGCAAGAAAUGGAAAUUCAGAGGAUAAAGCGUCAAAUAAAAACUGCCAUUACUCAGAAACCUGCACCUCAGCAAACAGCUCUCCCUCUUAUGGAACAAAAUAAACCUGGAACUACAAACUCUGCAAAAUAUUUCCUAAAUUAUAAUUAUGGACUGGAGCCUGCUCCAUAUGACCCUAUCACUGGGUUUGUAGUGUUUUAUGACUAUCUUCUUGGACUUGAUCCGACGUACCGAGUUUGCCGACUGGCUGUGACUCUUUGCAGUGGGGGGCAGGAGAUGGGAAUUCCUACACCAUUACCCCCCGUUUAUUGUGAAGCUGGCCAGCUAUCCACAUCACAUGACCACAAGAAACAGAAUGUGGCAGUGUUAGCCACAAAGCAAGCUGUACCCAGGGUGAGGCCCUCCCCAAACAUAUCUCUAGUAAUAGAGGUACAAGCUUCAGGAGGUUAUGACCCUUAUGGGCAGGAGGUCAGUCGCCUAAUUUCUCGAGGAUGGGUAAAGCUGGAUAUUUUUGAUAACCAAAAUCGAGUCAUCAGUGGACACUGGAAAGUUCCUAUUCGCAUCCUCCCAGUUAAACCUUCUCUAACUACAGGAUCAAUGAAUGGAGUACCUCAGUUGGAAAAUACAGAGUUAUACAUUCGCCUGGUAAAUGCAAGAGAUGCCGAUGCACAAAGCCUUUACCCAAUUGACAUAAACAAUUCUGUAUUGUAUAAGUACCCACCCUUGACUGCAGCGUAUUUGUUUCCAGAAGAUUCUCAUCUCCCGACAUCAUACUACAAUUCACUGUACAGUUUCCCCAAUAUGCAGUCCACUUACGGUGAUGUUGAUUCUCCCCCAUCACGAAACCGAAUAAGGACACAAUAAAAUGUUGUAUUAAAACAGAAUUUACUAUUUAUUUUUGGCUUUUAAUUAUACCCGUGUGCAAUAAAAUGUUAACAGAUUGCAGCAGUAGUAAGAAUGAAUUGUGAAUUACAUUUUACUGAGAUUUUUAAAUAUUGUUAAUAAAUUCCAAUGCUUCUCAUAA